GUACAGGGUGUCCUCUAUCAGAGAUAUAAAGUUAAUUCAUUCACACAUUGCCAUAUCACAUUGCAUAUAUAUGAUUAUCAAGGCAGAAAGUCGUACUGGGAAUUAAACCUACACCCUAUAGAAAAAAAUAUAGUUUUAGAGGCUUUAGAGAGCUAGAGUAGUCGCCGCGGUGCAAGGCUGGGAGGACGUGACUUUGUGAGUGACGAUAAUGGCAGAACCAAGCCUAUAUAAAGAGUUGCUGAGAAGUAUCAGCCUCGGUAAAGAAACUCGCCAAUACUAUGACUUGACGCGUUUUGGAGAAAAAUAUGAGAGAUUGCCCUUCUCAAUCAGAGUGCUACUGGAAAGUGCCGUUAGAAAUUGCGAUGAUUUCCAGGUGAAGAAACAGGACGUGGAAAAGAUUUUAAACUGGGAGAAGAAUCAAAGUGUUGAGGAAGGAGUCGAAGUUGCUUUUAAACCAUCUCGAGUUAUUCUCCAGGAUUUGACUGGAGUUCCCGCAGUUGUCGACUUCGCUGCUAUGAGAGAUGCUGUCAAAAAGUUAGGCGGUGAUCCUGAUAAAAUAAAUCCCAUUUGCCCUUCGGACUUGGUUAUCGAUCAUUCGGUGCAAGUAGAUUUUAUUAGAAGUGGUGAUGCAUUGAGAAAAAACGAGGCGUUGGAAUUCGACAGGAACCAUGAAAGAUUUAUUUUCCUGAAAUGGGGUGCGAGAGCACUUCACAAUAUGUUAAUCGUCCCACCAGGAAGUGGAAUCGUUCAUCAGGUCAAUUUGGAAUACUUGGCCCGAGUUGUUUUCGACAGGGAUGGUUUGCUCUACCCUGAUAGCGUCGUCGGAACAGAUUCGCAUACAACUAUGAUUAACGGCCUCGGAGUUUUAGGCUGGGGUGUCGGAGGAAUUGAAGCCGAAGCUGUUAUGCUCGGUCAAGCGACUUCCAUGCUGUUGCCAAAGGUUGUUGGGUACAAAUUGAUAGGGGGUCUCAAUCCUUACGUUACAUCGACGGACCUCGUUCUCACCAUAACAAAGAAUUUACGUCAACUCGGUGUCGUUGGAAAGUUUGUAGAAUUCUUUGGCCCUGGUGUAGCACAGCUAAGCAUCGCAGAUCGAGCAACGAUUUCCAAUAUGUGCCCCGAAUAUGGAGCAACUGUGGGUUUCUUCCCUGUUGAUCAGCAAACCUUGGAUUAUCUAGAACAAACUGGUCGCCAAGACGAGCACAUUGAAAGAAUCACAAAAUAUUUAAAAGCUGUAGACAUGCUCAGAAAUUAUGACAAUCCAGCUCAAGAUCCUGUAUUUUCGGAAGUUGUCACCCUAGACUUAGGAACUGUCGUUUCCAGCGUGAGUGGACCUAAAAGACCUCAUGAUCGUGUUUCCGUCACAGAGAUGAAGGUGGAUUUCAAUAACUGCCUUAAAAGCAAGGUAGGAUUCAAGGGUUUCGGCAUACCUCCUCAGAAACUAAAAUCAGAAGGAACUUUCGAAUUUGAAGGCAAAGAGUAUAAACUCAGACAUGGGUCGGUGGUCAUUGCUGCGAUCACAAGCUGUACAAAUACGAGUAACCCGAGCGUCAUGCUCGGUGCAGGUCUUCUCGCCAAAAAGGCAGUGGAAGCUGGACUCAGUGUUGCUCCUUAUAUAAAAACUUCCCUGUCACCUGGAUCGGGAGUAGUAACUUAUUAUCUGAAAGAAAGUGGAGUCUGCCCAGCACUUAUAAAACUUGGAUUUGAUAUUGUUGGAUAUGGAUGCAUGACUUGUAUUGGAAAUAGUGGCCCUCUCACCGAAUCAAUUGUUGAUGCAAUCGAAAAGAAUGAGCUCGUUUGUUGCGGAGUCCUCUCCGGUAAUCGUAACUUUGAAGGAAGAAUUCAUCCAAACACAAGGGCAAACUACCUGGCAUCGCCUUUGCUGGUAAUCGCGUAUGCCAUUGCUGGAACCGUGGACAUUGACUUCGAGAAAGACCCUUUGGGUCGCAGACAUGACGGCACCGACGUAUAUUUGCGAGAUAUAUGGCCUAGCAGAACUGAAAUUCAGGCUGUGGAGCAAAGAUUCGUCAUUCCAGCAAUGUUCAAGGAAGUUUACAGCCGGCUCGAAAAGGGCAGCGACACCUGGAGAAGUUUGAAUGCUCCCGAGAGUCAACUUUAUCCUUGGGAUCCGAAUUCGACUUAUAUCAAAAAUCCACCUUACUUUGAAAAUCUCAGCAAGGAUCUUCCAAAACAUAAGCCCAUAAAGAAAGCAAGAGUUCUCUUGAAUUUUGGAGAUUCGGUAACAACUGAUCACAUCAGUCCGGCCGGAAGUAUAGCUCGCAAUUCUCCUGCAGCGAGAUAUUUAACAAGUCGAGGACUUACUCCAAGAGAUUUUAAUUCCUAUGGAGCUCGCAGAGGAAAUGAUGCAGUUAUGGCUCGAGGAACUUUCGCAAACAUUCGACUUUUAAAUAAGUUCAUAGGGAGACCUGGUCCACGAACUAUUUACAUUCCAAAUAAAGAAGAGAUGGAUAUUUUUGAUGCGUCUGAAAAAUACAUCAAAGACGGAACUCCUCUAUUAGUCCUCGCUGGAAAAGAGUACGGAUCAGGAUCUUCUCGAGAUUGGGCAGCGAAAGGUCCAUAUCUUUUGGGCAUUCAAGCCGUGAUCGCAGAAUCAUACGAAAGAAUUCACAGAUCCAAUCUCGUGGGUAUGGGAAUCGUUCCGCUGCAAUAUCUUCCUGGACAAACCGCUGAAAGUUUGGGGUUGACAGGAUUCGAGCAGUUCGACAUAGACAUUCCAGAAAAAAUCCACCCGGGUCAAAACACUAAAGUCAAAACUGACGAUGGCAAGGAAUUUGAAGUGCUGGUGCGUUUCGACACCGAGGUGGACCUCACUUAUUACAAACAUGGUGGCAUUCUGAAUUAUAUGAUAAGAAAAAUGCUUUGAUGAUCGAUGAUUACGCGUGUAAACUGUGAACGGCAUUGAGCCGCCUAAAUUAACUAAACGUACGUAGAUACUUAAAUUGGGAUUGGGCUUUAUCUGUGCGUCCUACUGAACUAAAAAAAGUACAAACUGGCUAAUUUCAAUUAAAAUUUAAUUUUAAUUGAAAAGGCUUCUAAAAAUUGCUUGCUGCAAUCAUAAAUAGGGUUGUUUCCAAAGCUAGAUAUCAUUUUUCCAAUAAAUGGGUCUUAUAUCAUAUAAAAUUCUAAUUUAAAAAACGCCCAUAAGAAAUUUGUUUAUUAUUUUUAAUUUAAUGUUGAAAUAUGAAUUUUCUAUCACGAUGUCCUUUGGAGAGCCCCUUUGACGUCAAAGGGUUUGGGUUUUCCACCAAUUACAGCUUAUGUGUCAGUGAUUCUCAAAUAUCUUUUUCUGUACCGAUGUUUUGUUUUGGUUAUGUGCACAUCGAAAAUAGAAAUCGCAAAAGAUUGUAUAAAAAAUGUUAAAAGGAGGUUUUCCUAAAAGCCAAUCGUGGAAAUCUACCGAAAAUAGAUAUAUUUAUGAUAUCG